GUGGACCAGGACUACCCAAUCAGCGAGCUGCAGCAGAGUCGGCGUCCUGACUUCCUGACCUGGUGGCUGCGGCGAGAGGGAGAGAGAGUGAAAGGCUACCAGGCACGAGCACGACCUGCAACUCCAGGUCGACCACCGUUUGAGAUGGAGAGGCUGUUCGCCACGGAGAAGCUCGGGGGCAGGUCGCUGUACCGGUUCCAAGCCGUCACGGUGCUCGUGGGGAUAUGCCUGGUGCUCUGCUACAGGGCGACGCACUUCCCGGCGGCCGGGUCCGGCGCCGGCAGGGUGGCGUGGCUGGGGAUGCUGGCGGCGGAGCUGUGGUUCGGCUUCUACUGGGUCAUCACGCAGUCCGUGCGGUGGCGCCCCGUCCGACGACGAACCUUCAAGGACAGGCUCGCCGCCAGGUAUGGAGAACAGCUACCCAGCGUGGACAUCUUCAUCUGCACUGCAGAUCCGCAGUCGGAGCCGCCAAGCCUCGUCGUCGCCACAGUCCUGUCGCUCAUGGCAUACAAUUACCCACCUGAGAAACUGAACGUUUACCUCUCAGACGACGGGGGCUCAAUUCUCACUUUCUAUGCUCUAUGGGAGGCCUCCGCGUUCGCUAAGCGUUGGCUUCCAUUCUGCAAGAGACACAACAUUGAGCCACGGUCACCGGCCGCUUACUUUGCAGAGUUAGAGGAGCCUCGUGAUCCGAGCAUCUCGAAAGAGUGGUCGUUCAUCAAGGGCCUGUAUGACGAGAUGACAGAGCGAAUUGAUUCAGCUGUUCGGUCAGAUAACGUUCCUGAAGAAAUCAGAGUAAAUCAUAAAGGAUUUUCUGAAUGGAGUACAGGAAUUACCUCGAAAAAUCACCAACCAAUUGUUCAGGUUCUGAUAGAUGGGAAAGACAGAGAUGCAGUUGACGAGGAAGGAAAUGUACUACCUACACUGGUUUACAUGGCACGAGAGAAGAGGCCUCAGUACCACCAUAACUUCAAAGCUGGGGCAAUGAACGCUUUGAUAAGGGUGUCAUCGGUGAUAAGCAACGGCCCUAUCAUCUUGAAUGUGGACUGUGAUAUGUAUUCCAACAACAGCGAUGCAAUCAGAGAUGCGAUGUGCUUCUUCCUUGAUGAAGAAAUGGGUCACAAGAUCGCAUUCGUGCAGCAUCCUCAGAACUAUAACAAUAUGACCAAGAAUAACAUAUAUGGCAACUCAUUCACUGUUCUCAGUCAUGUGGAGCUAAGAGGUUUCGACGGUGUGGAUGGACCUCUCUAUAUUGGCACUGGAUGCUUCCACAGAAGGGAGAGCUUAUGUGGUAGGAGGUUCACCAAUGACUAUAAGGAAGACUGGGACAGAGGAAUUAAUAAGGAAAAAAGAGAACUGUCCAUAAAUAAGAUUGAAGAGAAAGCAAAGUUGCUAACAACAUGCACUUACGAACAUAACACACAGUGGGGAAAUGAGAUUGGGGUCAAGUAUGGUUUCCCAGCGGAAGAUGUCAUCACUGGGUUGACAAUACAUUGCAGAGGAUGGAAGUCAGUCUGCAACAAUCCAACAAGAGCAGCAUUUGUUGGUGUAGGUCCAACAACACAUGCACAGACAAUGCUGCAACACAAGAGAUGGAGUGAGGGCAAUCUAUCAAUUUUUCUUUCGAAGUACUGCCCCUUCAUCUUUGGAAACGGAAAGAUCAGUUUACAACAUCAAAUGGCCUACUCAGUCUAUGGUUUGUGGGCAAUGAACUCACUCCCUACACUAUAUUAUGUUAUCAUCCCUUCACUGGGCCUUCUCAAAGGCAUCCGCCUCUUCCCUGAGAUUACGAGUCCAUGGAUCAUGCCUUACAUAUAUGUCUCAGUUGUGAAAAAUAUUUACAGCGCAUAUGAGGCAUUAUUAUAUGGAGAUACAUUGAGAGGAUGGUGGAAUGGACAAAGGAUGUGGAUGAUUAGAAGAAUAACAUCAUACCUCUAUGGCACUAUUGACACCAUCAGGAAGUUGUUAGGACUGUCAAAGAUGCGGUUUGAAGUUUCACCAAAGGUAAGUGAUGAAGAUGAAUCGAAAAGGUACGAGCAAGAAAUUAUGGAAUUUGGAACAUGGUCGACAGUUUAUGUAAUCAUUGCAACCGUGGCAUUACUCAACCUUGUGUGCCUGGUGGGAUGGCUAUGUCAAAUCUUGACAAGUGGCGGCCGGAAUAUGCCGUUGAAUGGAUUUUGCCUCCAGGUCGUUCUAUGCGGGCUGCUAGUGAUCAUCAAUAUCCCAAUCUAUGAAGCAAUGUUCCUUAGGAAGGACAGAGGGAGAAUACCAUUCUCAGUCACGCUAGCUUCCGUUGGCGUUGUGAUGUUUGCCCUCUCUCUGUACCAUUAUUUUGAGGUCUAAAUAAAAAGGCACAAGGAAAUAAUAGACGUUUAUGUAUAAUCAGAAAACUUAAUAUCUCUUAUAUUAUAUGAAACGAAUGCACGUCGAUAAAAAGAAUUCUUGUA